AUGAGUGAAAAACAACUGUUUGAACCUUACAGAGAUCCUGUUGAAAUAAGAUCUAAGAUCAAGGAGAGGAAAAGCAAGUGGAACUUCCGGAACCUUUUCCUUCUUGCGACUGUUGUGUUUGCAGGCUUUAUUUGCACUAACAGGAUCAUUCCGCUUGCUCCAGUGGUAAUUGAAAAAGGAGAUCAUUCAAAGGUAUUUUUGAAGGCAUUGGAGACGAAUUUGGCUGGUAAUUGGUCUAGAAAGUACACUUCUGAAGCCCAUUUGCCUGGUACUAAUUACGGGUUUGUUGAAUGGACCAAGAAUAAGUUCGAGGAAUAUGGAUUUAAAACCUGCAUUGAUUCAUACGAUGUUUAUGUCAGUUAUCCAUUUCAACAUGAUUUGAAGCUUUUGGAUGCUAAGGGCAAACACACGUUGUAUGUGGCUCCAUUGAAGGAGGAUGAGCUCAAAGAUGAUAAAACCUCUACGGGGGAGGACUUGGUUCCUACUUUCUUAUCUUACGCAGCCAAUGGCAAUGUUACAGCACAGUAUGUUUAUGUAAACUAUGGUACUAGGGAAGAUUUUGCUACACUUGAUUCGUUAGGGGUUAGUGUGAAAGGAAAGAUUGUUAUCGCGAGAUAUGGCCAUGUCAUGCGUGGUUUGAAAGUUAAAUUCGCCCAGGAGAAUGGUGCUGUUGGUGUUUUAUUAUACAGCGACCCUGGAAAUGACUAUGGUAUUACUCCUGCUAAUGGUUAUAAGCAAUACCCACAUGGCCCAGCCAGACAUGAGAGUGCUGUUGAGAGAGGAAGUGUUCAAUUUUUAGGCGGUGUUGGAGCAGCUCCUGGAGAUCCAACCACUCCAGGUUAUGCAUCCAAACCAGGAGUUGAGCGUAAGGACCCACAUAAUAGUAUUGGUAAGAUUCCAGCAUUACCAAUCUCUUAUCGUGAAGUUAGUCCGAUCUUGGAAAAACUAAAUGGAUAUGGCAGUAAUAUCUCAGAUGAAAAAUGGAGAGGUGAACUUGAAGGAUUUGAUUAUUCCACUGGUCCUAACCCAGAAGUGAAGUUGAAUUUGUACAAUAACCAGAUCUACAACAUUAGCCAGUUACACAACGUCUAUGGGGAAAUCGAAGGAGAAAAUAAAGAUGAAGUAAUUAUCAUUGGUAAUCAUCGUGAUGCAUGGAUAAAAGGUGGUGCAGGCGAUCCUAAUUCAGGUUCUGCAGCUCUUUUAGAGAUUGCUAGAGGCUUAGGAGAGUUGAAGAAAUCUGGAUACAAAUUCAAGAGAACUAUCAUCUUGCAGAGUUAUGAUGGUGAAGAGUACGGUUUAUUGGGCUCAACAGAAUUCGGAGAAUUCGCAGCAAAGGAUUUAAAGCGCAAAGUUGUAGCUUAUUUGAAUGUUGAUGUCGCAGUUGUUGGUCGUCAAUUAAAGUUGGGAGCAUCUCCAGUUUUAAAUAAUAUCUUGCGGAAAGUUGCAAAGACUUUGGACUAUCCCGGCGAAGAACCAAAAUCAUUAUACGAUCAUUUUGUACAGAAAUCUGGAGAUAAGAUUCGCAAUCUUGGAUCUGGUUCUGAUUAUACUGUCUUUUUGGAACAUUUGGGGAUCCCAUCUGUUGAUAUGUCUUUUACUCAAAGUAAAGGUGACCCAAUUUAUCAAUACCAUUCAAAUUAUGAUUCGUACCAUUGGAUGGAAAAGUAUGGUGAUAAAGGAUUUGUUUUCCAUAAUUUGUUGGCUAAGUACUUAGGUUUAGUCGCAUUAGAAUUGAACGAGAGACAACUAAUUGACUUUAAGUUGGAUGACUAUUCAAAAGAUUUGUUGAAGUACUAUAACGAGACAAUAGAUCUUAUCCCUAAAAAAUGGCUCCACAAACAUUUAACCAAUAAUAGUAAUUGGGAUGAAUAUCUUACAUAUGAUUUUCAAAACGAGAGAUCGAUUAUCGAGGACUCAAAUGGCUACUAUUCACACCAAUCUUUAUACCCAUUCCCAGAAUUUUUAAAUCCAACCCAAUGCAAGCAUAGCAAGAUACAUGUUAUGUAUGAUUUGAAACACCAUAAGAACGCUACUUUAAAAGAGUUUGUCAAGAGAACUUACGAAGAUUUAUUGACGUUAGAGAAUAAAACAACUGUUUUCGAUGCAGAAACAGAGACUCUUCAAAUCAAGUAUGAUAAGAGAGAUUCGUUGCAUUGGUGGCAACGUAUCAAAUUACAUUUCCAAAUUAAGAAGCACAAUAAGCUUCUUCAAUAUUUUGAAAGAAACUUUUUGUAUCAUAAAGGUUUAGAUGAAAGAUCUUGGUUUAGACAUAUCGUAUUUGCAAGUGGCAGGUAUACUGGUUAUGCUGGUCAAACUUUACCUGGAUUGAAAGAAGCCAUUGAAGAUGGUGAUGUUGAUCGUCUAGUUAAAUGGCUAGGAAUUGUUUCUAAAUCCAUAAGAAGAGUUUCUACACAACUCUCUUUAUAG